AUGGCCGCGCUGCGCUUCGGGGAGCCCCCGGCGGAGCCGCCCGCCUUCCCCGCGGGCAGGUGGCCGGGGGGCGGCGGGCCCGGCCCGGCCUCGCCCGCCCUCAGGGCGCUUCCCCCGGCCGAGCCGUCCGAGGGGGCGCCGGCAACCUCGCAGCGUCGGAAGCGUACGAGCUUCACGGCGGCGCAGCUGGAGACGCUGGAGCUGGUUUUCCAGGACACCAUGUACCCCGACAUCUACCUGCGGGAGAAACUGGCCGACGCCACGCAGAUCCCCGAGUCCCGCAUCCAGGUGUGGUUCCAGAACCGCCGCGCCAAGUCCCGCCGCCAGCGGGGCCCGCCCCGCCCCGGCCCCGCCGCGCCGCCACCGCCGGGCUGCCCGCGGCCGCCCCGCUUCGCCGCCCUGCAGCGGCCCCGCUGCGCCCUCCCCGCGGCCGCCCGCACGGAGGACGGCUCGGCCCCCUACGCGUGGCCGCCGGCCGCCGGCUUCCCCCCCGGCCCCGGCUUCGAGGGCUUCCCGCCCGGCCAGCCGGAGCCCGGCCCGUUCGCGGGGAGCGCCGCCGGCCCCUUCCCGCCGGCCCGCGCCUUCUGCGGGCAGUACUCGCCCGUGUCGGACGCCGAGGACACCAGCGGCUACUCGGAGUCGGGCUCGGAGUGGGAGGAGAACGCGCUCGGCGCUUUCCGCGCUCUGUGAGCGCCGCUGCGGCGGGACCGGCACCGGCAGGAGUUAAACCGGGCGGGUUGAGCCCUCCCGCCGGAGCCCGUUCCGCUGCUCGGGCGGGGAGCAGU